UUAUUUCACUUUAGUGGCUCAAGUACAUGCUGGUAACUCGAAAUGGAAAACAUUUUGUCAUUUUAUUCAAUGGAAGGCCUGGAUAGGAUGUGAGUUUCAUAUCUGGUUCACAUCAAAAGGGUAAUUAAGUAACCCUGCAUGCACAAUACUGAGAAAACAAAUGCAGAUGGAGCAGUAUGAUAGUAAGUCUAAUGGGAGAUGUGUACUAUAGAAGAAAGAGCUGCACAAUCAACUGACCACUUAAAAGUUACUAUUGUGGCUCAGGGUGGAAAUGUUUUUGCUCCAAUUUUUCAUAAUGUACAAGGAGCAGGGUGCAUUACCCUCACACAAAGUGUUGGUGGUGCAAACGUGUCAGAAUGUGAGACCAGAGAUAUGACCUCUGUGAUGACAGAGUAUAAGGAGUCAAUAGUGUCCAUGUAUGCAUACACUCGGGAAUAUACCUCCUGUCCUGGUGAGCAUGUGCUCCUAGCAGAUCGUUAUGUUGAUCCACUGAUCAUUCAGAGACACAGAGUGAAGAAAGAGAGAGAAAAAGAAAUGUGCUCCAAAGGAAAGGACUUUUUCAACCUCAGGACAUAUGAUACCAACCAAAGCAUUGGUAUUGAUGACUUGUUUAGUCAAGAGGAUGGUCCAAACAAUGAAUGUCCAAAAGCUGUCAUUCUCCAAGGAAAUUCUGGAAAUGGAAAGUCUUUCAUGGCACAAAAAAUCAUUCUGGACUGGGCCAAGGGAGAUCUCUUUGCAGGGAUCUUUGAUGUAGUCUUUCACCUUAGAUGCUCAGAGCUUAAUGCUAUUUCUGGGGACAUAAGUCUGGUGGAACUUCUAAACUGCAGAGAAGAAAUGACUCAGAUCCUAAAAGAUAAGGAAAAGAAAGUUCUUUUCCUGGUGGAUGGGUUUGAUGAGCUCAGACGUCCUCUGCCUGAAAGGGCAUUGCCUGUCAGAGUUGAUAUCCAGGCUAAACCUGCUGCCAUCCUGAGCUCCCUUUUGAGGGGAAUCAUGUUAAAAGAGUCCUUCUUGCUGAUCACUACAAGGUCAACAUCUACAAAAAAAUUAGGAAAACUGCUCAAGUGUCCACAACGCUUUACUGAGAUUAUUGGCUUUUCUGAGGAGGGAGUGCAAGAAUAUUUUCAAAAGUUCUUUGAGGACACGAAUCUUUCAAAUCAAGUGCAUGACCAAGUAAAGACACAUGAGGCUCUCUACACAGCUUGCUUCAGCCCUGUAAUGUGCUGGCUUAUCUGCAAUGUCUUUAAGCAAAAGCACAACAUGGGUACAAGAAUGACAAGUGGAUUGAAAAGUACCACCUCCAUUUUCAUUGAUUUUGUGUUUAUCCUGCUUGAACAUCAUUGCCAAGAUUUAAAUCAAACUGAACAGUUUAACCUGCUGAAGAACCUUGGCCAGCUUGCUGAAGAAGGAAUGCUUAAAGGCAAAAUCCUAUUUGAAAGACAAUUUGUUCCUGAGGUGAUCUUAAAUCUGGUUGGCCUUCCUUUCCUCUGCACUUUUCACCACAGAGAGGGAACUCAUGUGAAGGAAAUGUUUAGUUUUUUGCAUCUUAGCUUUCAAGAGUUCUUUGCUGCACUCUUCUACGUCUUACUCGACAAGGCAGAGGCUGAGACAAAAAUCAAGCAACUGCUAUCAUCAGUUUCAGAUCUGUUUAAAAUGUCCAAAAAUUCCCAUUUGCUACCAGUCAUCCAAUGUCUUUUUGGACUCUCCAACAAGAAAGUGAUCAACUUAAUCAAUGAAAAACAUCAACACGUAGUGUCUCGAAAAAUUGGUUCCCUGCUGGAGAAAUGGAUGCACACAUUUGUAAAAAAUGAUAUGAUGACACAUUUCAGCAGUUUCACCCUUCACUGCUUGUAUGAGGUCAAUGACAAGAAUGUUGUUAUGAAUAUUAUGAAAAUUUGGGAAACAGGGAGGGCUGGGGUUAAAAUUUUGCUGAGUUCUUCACAGAUGACAGACUACCGUGCAGCAGCAUACUGUCUGCAGUUCUGUAGACGCAUCAGAAGCCUGUAUCUGUGUGCAAGUACAAUGCAGACUCUAAAAAUGAUGGAAACAGCACUGAGCAGAUGUUAUGAACUACAUUUAACAGUGAAUUAUGUGUCAGAUGAUGAUGCAGUCUAUCUGAUCUCAGCUAUGGGAAAAGGAAAACAUCUUCAAUGUCUGAGGUUAGAAGAUGGUAGUCUGUCUGACCACAGUGUACAGAUGAUCAUGAGCACUUUGCCCAAGCAAAGAUCUGUUGGUGAUGUUCAUCUCACAGUGAAGGCCAUUAAUCACAACAACACUGAAAUCCUCAUGAACUUUCACAAAUGUCUGAAGGCUUCAGGACAAUUCAGCUUGAAGGUGGCUACUUUAAAGAACCAAGAGGAAAGCCUUUGCUCACAUUUUGCAAUACAUAAUUACAACUUGUACGAAAUAACUAUUAAGCACAAUGUUGUGGAAUCCUCUGUGAAAUGUGGACUGGCUCUUGUGUACCUCUCAGUGGCCUUUGACUCAGUGAUAUCCCACAAUGACAUGAAACAUCUCCUUCGGAUAUCAUAUAAUCUUAAAGAAAUUCCUCAGUUUGAGGAGCAUGUAGAUGCACUUCUGUCUUUCCUCCAUUCUAUACCUGGUUUAACUACAGUGAAGCUGGAUGCUAAAAAUUUGAGUCUGAAAAGUGCUUCAAAGAUCCUCACUUUCUCCCAAAACAGACCCAGUGUUGGACGUCAUUCCAUUCGGUUUGAUGUGGAUAGUCUCAGAGGUAUCAAUGAGGAGGACAUCUGCUCUCUGUCAUUGUUCACAGAUGAUCUUGUUUAUGUGGAUGGUGUGAUACUACAUCUGAAAUUAAAAGUGCACAGUUCAAGUCUUCAGGAUGCAUAUGAAACUGAAUUCAAAGCAAUACUCCUGCAACUCUCACUGACAUUUCCACCUAUGGAGGGUGCCACUGUUAACUGGGAAGUUUUAUUCAAAAUGAGUAGCCACCUGAUGAAAUCAAAUCAAAGAACAUGUUUCUCCUUGGACAAGCAAAUGAGCACUAUCUUUUCAGUCCUCCAAUCUGUGCCAUCUCUAACGGAGGUUAAGUUACACUUGAGAAGCUUACCUGAGAAUUGGGCAGCUGAAAUGAUUUAUUUUCUCCAGGCCUGUUCUAGUCUACCAUUCUUUGAAUUGAGAGUGGGCAAUGGAGGUGAAACUCUGGGAAUGAUCAGAGGAGAAGCCCUGAGGUCUUCUGAUAAAAAUUCCAUACUGUCUUUUGGAUGCCGUCAUUUGGAUUAUCAUGACUAUCACGGCUGGAUAUCAACACCAGGUUAUAUGGCAGGUGAUGUUCACAGAGUGCUGCCCUGUAUCACCCUCACCAUAACAAACAACACAGAUUUCUUCAACAAUUCUUGGACAACAUUCUUCCAUCAUUACAAUCAGCUUAAAGCAAUGACUAAGCUAUGUCCAGAGUAUGAUCAGUGCCUGGACGAAUUGUUAUCUGUCAUGAACACUAUUCCUGCUCUGAAAGAGAUAGAGCUGGCAUUGAGAUUUUUCACAGCUCAUGGCGCUUCCAGCAUUCUGCACCUUAUUCAGACCUCUUCCAGUCUGUGUAAGACUGAUGUUAUGCUGUCAAGGCAAAAAAGGAGAGAUCGUGCUGAUGAACAGAAUGCCAGGGAAGACUGGAAAAGUUUCCAGAGUGACGAUGAAGGGGACAGUGUCUAUUCAGAUAUCAGUGACUCAAACAGAUCAGCAGAAUUCAGUUCUGGGAGCUAUGGCACAGAUGUGGAGGAUUAUGGGGACACUGUAUACUUACCAAGACAGCUCAGUUUGAAUUCAGAAAUAGAAAACUAUGACUUGGAUCUCUGCUCAGAGCUAAGAGUAAGGAAAAACGCCAGGAAUGAAUGCAAGUUGUCCUUGAGAUGUAGUGGCUCCAAUCCUGAUACGAAAGCAGUUUUUGCAUACAUUUCAGUUAUUGUAUCUGAAUAUUCAGGGGACACUGAAAUCAACUGGAGUAGCUUCUUUCAGUCUUACUAUGGGACUAAAGGGUUAACUGAGAGAAACCCAUACUUUGCUGAGAAAACAGAUGCCUUGCUGUCUUUCCUGCAUGUUGUACCUGGACUGGAGGAGGUGGAAUUUGGCAUACACAGUCUAACAGAGAGCUGGGCUCCUAGGAUCCUCUUUCUCUGUCAUGCAAACCCCAAUAUUUGUAGUAUCCGUCUGCUGUUGGAAAAUGCUCAGCAAAAUGAUGACAGUGCCUGCUCAUCUUUAACCAUUAAAAGAAACUUCAUAGACUCCAUGGUUACUUUGAAAAUCGAUAUGCUAAGCAACACCACUAUACCAUCCCUCAUUCACCUCAAGUUACCAUGUUCUGAGAUCAGCAACCUCGAUGGAGCUGGUCUUCUUUACAGACUGAGGUGCCUUGAGGGUUUAAAUGACACGUCCCAAGAGUACAACAUGCAAUUAAAUGAGCUGAUCUCAUUCCUCCGCUCUGUUCCUAACCUUCAGAAAUUGAAAUUGCAGAUUGAGAACCUAACUACAAUCUGGGUUACAAGGCUGCUUUCCUUGAAAACCUGCCACAGUCUUAGAAAGAUCUUUUUGACUACCUUAUCAGAUGACAUGUUAAUGGAGGAGGCAAUCUCAGAACUUAAAAAAAAUUGGACAUGCCAGGAGUGUGUUGUGGUUAUUACAGGACUGAGAUGCAGCAACCCUACUGCAAAAUGUUCAAAGCAAAACUGGCAUCAAGAAUGCAACAGAAAUAUGAAACUCUCAUUCUGUGGAGGCCAGUAUUCUGAGGAGCCCUUGAUGUAUGGACAGUGUGAGACAGACAGUGAGAGCGAAGAGAGUAAAUAUUACAGGUUUGAGUGCUAUCCUGACGUAAUAGAGGUAGAUGAAGAGGAAGAUGGAGAUGUCUUCAUAGAUUGAACAGUAUAUGCUUUUAUGAAACAUAACAGAGAUAAAAAUUAACAUCUCGAUGAAAAAUGACCACUCUAAUGCACACUGCAAGCCAAAUGGAAAAGUGACAUUAUGCAAUUAUCUUUUUCUCUCUCUUUAUGCAUGUACAAUUCUGGAGUUGCUCUGGUGUUUGUGGGCUUUGGAAAAUCACAUUUUAAAAUGUUAAGGAUUAUUUAAUAUAACACUGGAAAAAAAAUCUAUAUAAUAAUACAAAUAAGCAAAUAAGGACCUAAAUAAAUA